GUUAGCAAAGCCGGGCCCACUCCAGCCUUCCCAGCCUGUGAGCCCCACGCCCCCUUGCGCGGGCCCAGCCUGACUCCUGAGGGCGCUGCUGACAAGUGCCCAGGCCCAGCUAAAGGGGGGAUUCUCAGGCAUGUUGCUCUUCCCCCUUAAAGGCUACACUCUCCUAGCCCCCGGGAUCUCCUCCCAGGGAAACCGAGGCAGGGAGCAGGGCCACACUGCAGCCGUGUUCUGAGAGCUGAGCUGCCAGGCAAGCGCCUUUGGGGGCCUGCAGCUUUAGCGUCCCGCUGCUCCCUUCCUGGCUGCAGCGGCAUGGGGGGGCUGAGCUCUGGGAGAGGGGAACGUCUAGCCCCACUGAGGUGUGAGCUGAGGAUCGGGGCCAGGCGUUCCCACCCUCUGUCUGCCCUCCCAGAGCUGGAGUACGUGGAGAAGCUGCAGCGGUUCCUGGUGCAGAAGGCGAGAGAGGACGGCUCCUUUGAGUGCGCCAACAGGAACCUGGCCCUGAGCUCCGUCCGGACCUUCAAGGAGCUGGGGGUGCUGAGGGAGCAGCCAGGCCCGGCAGGAUCCAUCCUCCACCUCUCGGAAACCUUCAGCACCCCAGCGAACUGCCAGCGGCUGGAGAAAUUCAUCUGGCAGUUCACCUAGAGCUGCGGAAUCGGCCUGCCCUGCUUGGGGAUCGCGCG